CAAAGUGAUGACAGGGUUCCCAGAAGCCCCACCACGGCUGGAGUUAUAAGGUUGAGAACAUGGGGUCCUGUAACCUGAUGCUCUUAACCACUGUCUUCCUAACCUCAUGGUUCACCACUUCCAAAGGUGAAGGAAUAGCAUGCAAACCCCCGUAUAUUCCAAAUGGAAUCUACUCACCUCAUAAGAUUAACUACACAAUCGAUGAUGAAAUAAAAUAUGAAUGUAAAAAUGGCUUCUACCCUGCAACCAAGGGAACUGUUGCAAAGUGUACAAGUACUGGAUGGAUCCCUGUUCCAAGAUGUAGUUUGAAACCUUGUGAUUUUCCACAAUUCAAACAUGGACGUCUGUAUUAUGAAGAAAGCCGGAGACCCUACUUCCCAGUACCUAUAGGAAAGGAGUACAGCUAUUACUGUGACAGUGGGUUUACAACGCCUUCACAGUCAUACUGGGACUACCUUCGUUGCACAGCAAAUGGGUGGGAUCCUGAAGUCCCAUGCCUCAGGCAAUGUAUUUUCCAUUAUGUGGAAAAUGGAGAAACUUCAUACUGGGAAAGAAGAUAUAUAGAGGGUCAGUCUGCAAAAGUCCAGUGUUACAGUGGCUAUAACCUUUCAAAUGGUCAAGAUACAAUGAUAUGUACAGAAAAUGGCUGGUCCCCUCCUCCCAAAUGCGUCCGUAUCAAGUCAUGUGAUAUGCCUGUGUUUGAGAAUGCUGCAACUAAGAGUAAUAGCACAUGGUUUAAACUCAACGACAAAAUAGACUAUGAAUGCCAUGAUGGAUAUGAAAACAAAUAUAAACAAACCAAAGGUUCCAUAACUUGUAAUCAUGAUGGAUGGUCUGAUAAGCCCUCAUGUUAUGAUUCAACAAAGAUUUGUGGGCCUCCUCCACCUAUUGCCAAUGGAGACAUCACAUCCUUCCCACUACAACGAUACAUACCAUCAUCAUCAGUUGAAUAUCAAUGCCAGUCUUUAUACCAACUGCAGGGCAACAAGACAAUAAUAUGUAUAAAUGGAGAGUGGUCUGAUCCACCAAAAUGUUUAUAUCCCUGUAUAAUAUCAAAAGAAAUUAUGGAAAAACAUAACAUAACUUUCAGAUGGGAAGAAAAACAAAAGCGCUAUUACCAAUCAGGGGAGACGCAAGAAUUUAAGUGUAAAAAUGGACAUCAUCUGGCAACAACUCAACCGUUGAUUACAAUAUGCAUUAAUGGUCAAAUCAAUUAUCCCACUUGUACAAAAUCACACUAACACUCUUAGACUUUAAGCAUACACUUUUGUUCAGUUAGGGUGCAUGCAUAUUAUCAAUACAGUAAGAGUGUUACUUUUAAACUCUUGUUUAACUAAUUUUCAUUCAUAAGUAUAAGCUGGUGUACAUAUUUAGUGAUUAAUCUGGGAACUAGGAGACUGUAGACAGCAAUGGAAAAGAAGUUUCUUUAAAGUUUCUAAAUCAAAAUAUGAUAUAUCCUAGCAUAAAAACCAGUAGCAAUAAUUACAGGUAAUUACUUCUCUACCACUUUCCCAAAUCUUUUAAAGCUUCUACUCUGCCUUUUGUUAUAAGACUCUGAUUCACAAUGAACACAAAACAUGUUCUCAGUCUUCAAAACUGUAGCAUUUCACAAAUAUAUAAGAAAACUGUCAUAGUUUAUAUUACUAGUGAAUAUAAAUAAUUCUACAUAUUGCUUUUGUUACCAAUAAAUAAUACAAAGAACUUUGCAAA